AUGUUCGCCUUCUAGAUUGGAAAGUACGGUAUAGCUAAUGGUCUUGACAAAGAUCUCCACAAGACUCCAAAUUUUUAUCAGGGUGAAUUACAUGAUAUGGGAAGAAGAUAAUAAUAUUUGAUUGGUCAGCAGAUGCGAUAAAACUAUAUUACUAGGACUGGGUUGCUACAUGAUACAUAUAAUCCAUUGGAAGUAUUUGUGAGGACACUUAAUACUAAUAGAAGCAUUGAAAGUGCAAAUGCACAGCUACUUGGACUAUUUAAUUCACAUUAAAUGAAUGAAAAUAAUCAAAUCCAAGAGAAUUAGACUUCUGAAGCUAUCCCUCGAAUUUAAAUUGAUGACAGUGUCAAAACAGAAUCAGAAGAGCUAGGAUUAUCUCCAUUGCCAAAUAACUAUUAUCCACCAGUAAUUAAUGCUUAUGAUGAAUCUAAUGAUGAAUUUUUCCCCUAUAAAGUAUGUCCUAUAUUGUAAUUGGAAAAGUAAAGAAGGCAGUAGAUUCUCAACGUAUCAGCAUCUAUGAGUGUAAAAUAUAAAGACACUAUUAAUUAUCUCGCAUAACUUCUUGGUGAAGAUACGAAUAAGUUCACAGUAGGUCAAGCUAUUCAGUAUGCUGAUAGUUUAAAAGCUAGAAGAUCUCAAUAGUUUGAUCAGUCAGAUUUGCCUCCAAGAUUUGUAUAUAAUAUGACUCGAAUGUAUAAUGAAUAUCAAAACUUAACUUUAGCAAUGAAUUCAACAGCUUCAAAAGCGUUCCUCACAUAGAUUUUUACUGAAAUACUAUCACUGUUUUAGAGUACUAUUGACUUGGACACUAAUGGCUCCCUCCAAAGAGCUGAAAGAAGAAUUAAAUUUUAUAUGUACCAAGCAGAUGAUGACAUGCUACUCAAUUUUGCAAAUGCUAUCAAUUAUAGAUUAACAGAUAGACUUUUGAAUUAUUCUUCUACAAUUUUAAUUGAACUUCACAAAAUUAAGAUUGAUACUACUACUUACUAUGUAAAUAUCUCGGUUAAUGGGGUGGAACAAUUUCUACCAGAAGCAUGUCAAAAUGUAAAGAAAUGCGAGUAUAAGAAUUUCAUAACUCUAAGUAAAUCGAAAACAUACUAUGGAGAUACUGAAGGCUAUGAAAAAACUUGUGGGUUAAAGCCUGAUGAAACAUAUAAUCAACAAUUAAAUGACUGGAUGAAUACUUUUCCUUAGAGUAUAUAGUACAUUGAGCACAAAUAUACCAGAAUACUUUGGAUGUAUCUAAUUUAGAUUGUUUUUGGAUUAGCAUUAAUAUAUUAUUUGGAGAAGAGAAAAAGAGAAACAAGAUCUAAAAAAAGAAAAGUAGCUUAAUUUAUUGAAAUGAUCAAUAAGCAUGAUUGA